CUCGUACGUAACCGGAUCGUGAGCUGUCUAAAAAGUAACAACCAGCCAACAUAAUACUUACGUACUUCUGGUUUCCCAUGGUUAGUCUCAUCAAGUAAAAAGUGGUUUGAUGAUCUUCUUUGAGGCUUGGUAUCCUGCCAAGAGUUCUGUUAAUGCAUCACUGUCUAUCAAAGUGGAAUGGCUUCAAUAUGGAGAGCAUAUCUAGAACUGCUUCAUAAGUAUCCCUUUCGAACACAAGCAGUAACAUCAGGUGUGCUAUUCUUCGCUUCAGACUGCAUCUCUCAGCAAGCGGUUGAGAGGAAAGGAUGGAAGAAUCAUGAUAAAUUAAGGACUCUCAGACAAAGUGCAUUUGGGUUUUGCUUUGCAGGUCCAUCUUUAUUUGCAUGGUACAAGCUCCUCAAUAGAAUCUACCCUGGCUCUGGUAAGCUGACCCCUCUAUGGAAGAUGCUUACAGAUCAAACUGUGUUUCCGCCAGUCUUUCUCACAGUGUAUUUCUCAACUGUUGCCUUGACAACAGGGAAGACAUUGGAUGAGGUCCCAGCCAUUUUGAUAAGGGAUAUACCUAGUACCUAUGCCAGAGGGCUGAUGAUCUGGCCGGCAGUACAACUUGUCAAUUUCUACUAUGUGCCUCUUCUACACAGAGUACUGGUUGUCAAUAUAGUCUCUAUGAUGUGGAACACCUAUUUAAGCUGGAAAGCAAACGCUGCACAGAGUAGUAUAUGACAUUUACCUCUAACUAGAUAGACCUAUGUACCUGCACAAAUUUCACUUAUAUUCAAAUGAACAGAUGUACUACCAGUAUGUGCCCAUGUGAUUCCAAGAUUUAUUGAGGUAUUUUUUUAGAUGGCCAUAGCUCAAAUGAAAACUCCACCUUGAUCAUGAUCCAACAUGAUAUCCACAAGCCCAAAUUGCCAGUUGGUCUAUUGUUUUGUAGAAUGCCAUAAACUAAUUAUCUUCCUUAAAUCUUAACAAUAGCUCAUCAUUUCAUCAUUUUUGUUUCAUUUGUUAACAUUUUUAUUUUUAAAAAUCCAUUUACGAAGGUGAGAUUUUCCUUUAUGUUUUGCAAGCCAUAUAUCCUCUCAAAUUAUAUGAAUGAUUCAGAAUGAUACAGUAUUGUUUUUACACCCUGUUUUAGAAAAUGUUUGUUGUAUUUCAAGUGAACUUGAUUGAUAAAUGAAUAAACAUUUAUUUUUAAAUACAUGCAAGAUUAGAUUUCUUUUGGGGGUCGGAAGCCAUCUAUACUCUCCAUAUAAUAACUAGGAAUAAUGGUUUUUGACACACAUGGUUUACAGCUGUCUUGGGAAUCAGAACAAAUGGUCAGGGAAAUUUGAGAAAUAUUACUCAAAUCAGGGAAAAUUCAGGGAUUUUUGGGGCCAAGUAGAAAUUACCUAGUCUCUUUUAUGUUGUCUUGCAUUCAAACAGUGUAUCCACUAGGUGACUGGUUUUCAAUAUGGAAAUAUUUUUUAAUAAUUAUCAUAACAUUUGGAAAUUUAAGGAGGGAAAUUUCACAUUUUGUUUUAAUGAAAAGCUGGGAACUCUUACAGUGAGGUGUUGAACUCAGUACAAUAAAUGAAUGAUUAUUCGUCAAUUGUGUUUUUUGUAUUGAUUCAUCUGAUGUAUGUUCAUAUUGUCAACCAAUCUUCAUUGGUAUUGUCUUCAUCAGACCAAACUAAAUUCAUAAGACUAAUCUAAAAUGAACAGCUUUAAGAUUUUACAAAUACACAUUCCUUGAAAAAGGAUAAGAUUUAAAAAAGAUUUGCAAAUGAUAUGCCUACUUUUCUAUGUAAAUUGUGCUUUGUGUGUGAAAGACUGAAAGUUCUUGUACUACUUUUGCCUGGUAUUUUACACAUGUAUGUUGAGUUUUAAACAAUUAUUUUACAUCAUUUGCACAUAGAUGGUUUAUACAUGUAGCUGAUAGAGUUCUUAUGCUGUUGUUAUCAUGCUUUUAUGUCUUUAUAUUGUUUCACAUACUUUGGGAGGUCCUUUAAUAAAAGUAGGAUAUAAUUGAUGUCAAUAAGGAGUACAGUGUGAAAUUGUAUUUUAUUUGAAAAUGUGCAAUGUAAUUGAGAUGUUUAUGAAAUGAAGACACAAUUCAUGUUGAGAAUGUAACUACAGUGAUGUAAAUGACUUGCCAAGGCAACCUAGUUUUUAAGUUAUCUUGUAAUUCUACAUGUUUUUACUUGAUGAUCAGGGGUGUUGCCUGACCAACUUUAAGGAGGGAGAAGGGGGGUGUUAGACCAUACAUAUUACCCAGCAAGUUCGCUGACAAUUUAUGAUUAAGCGAAGGUAUACAUGUAUACAUCAAGAGGUAUACAUGUAUGAUAUAUAUAUGAUAUGUUGAGACACUUUCAAACAUUAUAGUACUUCUGCCCGAUGCAGAGCUAGUAAAGUAUUUAUUACCCAUAUAGGAAAAUGAAUAAUUUGCAACAUGUGUUCAUUCUAUUAUUUUUUAUGAAAUGCCAGAAUUGUAAGCCAGAGAAAUGUAUGCAAAUAUAUUCAGGUUGGUUUUCGUGUCAGGUUUAUCAAAAUGUAACGAGAGGUAAUAAUCUGAUGUGGGGUUCUGUAAUCGCAAGAUCAAUGUAAACUGUUUCAUUAAAAAAAGUGUAAUAGAUCA